AUGUCAAGGUGUCAUUUAACGACUUAUUUCUAACUGUGUCGGUUCUGUCUUCGGAAAGUUUACAAACAUUCAGCUCUGCGAUUAGACCGUACAUCAGUAUUGCAUUUUUAACUGGUCCAGCCUCAGGCCAAUUUGAAGAUACUCUGCAAUAUUUCGCCAUUUCGGACUAGCUCGGUUAAUAUGAAAGGCAUUCUGCUUCUUCUUCUCACGGUGACGCUGCUGCUCGUGACGGAGGCUCGGCACCGCGGGAGGCAACAUCAAGGCGGGUUUGGAGGGGGUAACAGGGGCCAAGGGAGACAAGAGCAGCAACAGCCGCGGCCGUUUGGACGAACAGGAGAGGACUGGGAUGACGAUUUAGAAGUUGACUGGCCGAAUGCGGAUGAUUUUGAAUGGGAUGACAUCGAGGUCGACAGAAGGUCGAGAAACUGGCGAGGUCAACUCGGCGGACGGCGUCAUAACAGGGGUCGUUUCGGUUUCCUUGAUACUGAUGAUGAUUUGGACUGGUUGCCCACUGGCAGGAGAGGGCGCGGUCGCGGCCGCGGUAGGGGUAGAGGCCAGAGUGGACGGCGGGAUGACCUUAGGCUCGUUAAUGUUGAUGUUGUUGAUUCGAAAGAACAGAUGCCAACAUUGGAUACGGACCCAGAUUUAGCAGGCAGAGGACACCAUAGGCGAACUUCUAGCAGACGACGAGGUGCGGCCCGAUUGUCAACAGCUCUCGGUCUCCCAGAUUGGUUUUUCGACGGGCCAUCUUUUGACUUCAGCAUCGACUUCGGUCUUGGUGAUGCCUUCGAAUGGUGGAAAGGUCCCAAUGUUUGCGUGACGAAGACCGAUGACAACAAGCGAAAAUCGUCUGCCACGCCCACACCAGGCCUCUUCUCGAUGAUAAAGAACAGUCGGUGUGAGGACAGGGGCAAUGAGUAUGAAUGCGAGACGACUUUUGAGUGUUCUGGCUGGCACAAUACGACCAUCUUAAAAUACCGGUGCUGCCACGGCUUCCAGCGGAAACGAGAUAAACUAGGCUGUACCGAGGUCGUCCAGAUGACUGAUCUACUUGAUACGGCAAGGAAUCUUGAUAUCAGCGAGUUCUUGACUGCACUGGAGAGCGUUGGCCUCAACAAUUCCCUCACCGCCAGUAACCUUACACUUUUUGCACCAGGAAACAUCGCAUUCGAGCAAUAUGUGCCAAAUGAUGUGGAUAUUGGAAACUACGUUGUUCUGUCCCCCGAAGCUAACGAGAUCAUCACAUCAACCCAGAGGCUGCUAGAGGGCCACAUUGUGCCAUUCUCAAUGAUGCAGACCAAUGACUUCAUGGACAAUCACCUCCUUGAAACAGCUAACCCGGAAUCGACGAUUAGAAUCAACCGAUAUCCAAAGAAGUUGUUCACGGCCAACUGUGCUAAGUUUGUGCAAGCUGACAACCUUGCGGAGAAUGGCGUGAUACACGUCAUUGAUAGGAUCAUUGCCCCUGCAAAGGACAACAUCGUGGACAUUCUGAGGAAGAACCCGGAACUAAACUUACUCAGGAAAGCAAUCAACUCCGCUGGACUGACGCAAAUUCUUCGCCAGGACGGCCCAUUCACGAUCUUCGCCCCGACGAAUGCUGCCAUCUCCAAGUUGAGACCUGCCAUCAGGAACCGCCUCUUAAAUGGUGCAUCCGACAGCUGCUUCUCAAACGUCCUGAAAGCGCACAUUCUUCCCGAAUUCCUCUGUAGUGUCGCCAUCGAUAACCGCACCAGGGUCACUGACCUCCUCCGCAACAACGUCCGACUGAGCAAAGAUGCGGCUGGCGCUGUUUUUGUUGAUGAUGCGCAGAUCACCUCAAGAGACAUAAUAGGGACAAAUGGCGUCCUUCACCUUAUUGAUAAGGUUUUAGAAUCUCAAGUUGUUCUUGACUUGGCCGAUAGAGAGGGCGCCACAGACAUCGUCAGCUUGUUCCAUUCGGCUCAUCUCGGAUCAGCCGUCGACAGUAUGGAGAACGUAACAUUCUUCUUUCCAACGAAUGAAGCUAUUGCGGCCCUGCCGACGGCAAAGCUUGAUGCUAUUAAGAGAGAACCAAGAGCUCUUCGAUCUCUCCUCAACUACCAUAUCGCCAGACCUCACAUGGGAUACACGGACCUGGAGAAUGGUAUGGCACUGUCGACACUCAACGGCAAAGAUAUCAAAAUAACCGAAACCACCUCAGACCUUCCGUCUCUCUUGCGAAAGACCACUAAGACUAUUCAAUGUGCUCGCGUUGUGAAGUCAAACCUGUGGACCUGCACUGACCAAGCGGUCGUACACAUCAUUGAUAAGGUGCUAAUCCCACCAGAAGGUAACAUCAUGGACACCCUGCUAGCGGACGGAAGAUUCAGCAUUUUCAUUAACCUGUUGACGAGGUCCGGUGGUCUGAUCGACCUUCUGACUGGAGCCGAGGAUACCUAUACCGUGUUCGCUCCCACAGACAAGUCCAUGGAGGACAUCAUUAUCAGCACAGACAGCAUUGACAGCAUCCGAAGCUUUGUGAAGAGUCACGUGGUCAGAGGUUCCCUAUGCUGCGCCAGUUUCACCGACAGUGAAAUGCCAUGGUCGACCUUCAUGCCAAGACUGCAGAAUCUCGCCGGCAGGUACCUGACUUUGAGAUCAGAUUUCGGAAAGGUCAAGGUCAGCAACGUUGACGUGGAGUCAUGUGACAUUACGGCCACCAAUGGAGUCAUCCAUGCUAUUGAUGGCACCAUCAUUCAAGGGCAGCGUGGAUGGGUGGGAUGGCUGCAUUAGUAGCCGUGUGGAUAAUAGGCCUUGAUGGUAGUGGAUAUCCAUGUAUUAUGAAGUUGAGGGUCCCAUAUUAUGACGUCGAGGACUAAAAAGACGAGAAGCGGUCGCGUCGGUCUGCAAAGGUUUGCCCAUAUUGGAUUUAUCGGACGUUACUCUCGGUUGACAAAAUUACUGAUCAAAAUACAUUUUUUUAUAUGACUGGGUUGAUGAUAUAAUGGGAUACAAGCGUUUCGACAAUUAUACAGAGUGCAAUGUCCCAGAAAGCGUGCAUUGCCUUGUGACAGGAAACGAGCAAUGCCCUAGUGGCAAAUUAAUUAGAAGUUUGUAGUGAAAUGGACCCUCCCGGGGGCAGUAUGUACAUGUAUACGCCGCUGUGUAUGUUAAUCAAAAUGAUAAGCGCACAAUACUUAUACGGUUAUGUAACUCAUUGAUGAUAGUGUAAUAAAAGUAUUUUUGCUUUACAA